ACCAGCAAGCAGAAGACCCCCGCGCUGCCCAACCCUACUCCGCACCCCCACCCCCACUUCCCGCCCGCAGCCCCGCGGCGCUCACUCCGGCUGCCGUUCCCUUCCCCAAGAGAGCAGCGCCGGCGGGAAGACGCCCAGAGGCCAGCUUCUGUCCCCCUCUGUCUCUCGGUUCCUCUUUCCUCCCAAGUAAGGGAAUAAACACGAAGGAGCGCCCCGGGGAACCGCGCGCAACCAAGUGUUGCUUGGUGAGGGAGGCAAGGAUUUCCAAAUUUGCCUUGGCUGCUGGUAGCAGGAUGGGACGGGGCUGAGGAAGAGUAGAAGUCUUUUCUCACUGGCUGGAAGGUGCCCGCUACUGCUGUAGACACCUGAGUCCUCCCGAAGUCACCAUGGGCCUGCCCAUGGUGUGCCUGCGAUGAGCCAGACACCGAACUGGGCCUCAGUUUCACCCUGAUGAACACAACUUGGUCUCUGCCCCAAGCACUCACACCCAGCAGAAAUAUGAGUGAAGAACGGUGGAUGUCCCUCACUGCAGAAGAAUUCGAUCAACUCCAGAAAUAUUCUGAAUAUUCUUCCAAGAAGGUAAAGGAUGUCUUCGCUGAAUUUAAAAAGGGUAGGAGCCCCAAACAGUAUGAUCCACAAGAGCCAAUUAGCUAUGAUGUCUUCAAGUUGUUCAUGAGGUCAUACCUGGAGGUGGACCUUCCUCAGCCACUGAGCACACAUCUCUUCUUGGCCUUUAGUCAGAGGCCCCAGUGGGAUACCCCUGAUCUUCCAAAGGAAGGGGCCAGCAGCAGUGAGGCCAGUAGCCCAGAUUCCAACUUACAGAAUGCGGAUAAUGCUACCAAAGCAGAUGAGGCCUGUGCCCCUGAUACAGAAUCAAAGGUCACCGAGAAGCAAGGACCAACUAAAGACCAAGUGGUGGCUGCAGCGCCCUUGGAAAGCACCAUGGCUCGACCUUCAGACUCUGGGCCCCCCAUAGUGUACCUGAAGGAUGUUGUGUGCUACCUGACCCUGCUGGAGUCAGGGAGACCUCAGGAUAAGCUAGAAUACAUAUUUCAUCUCUAUGAUUCGUAUGAGAAAGGCCUCCUGGACCAAGCGGAGCUGGAUCGUAUCAUCAACCAAAUGCUGCACAUUGCCCAAUAUCUGGAGUGGGACCCCACGGAGCUAAGGCCUAUCCUGAAGGAGAUGCUGCAAGGGAUGGACUAUGACCAGGACGGCUCUGUGUCCCUGGAGGAGUGGGUGCACGGGGGGAUGACCACCAUCCCACUGCUGGUUCUCCUGGGCAUGGAUGACACUGGAUCCAAGGGAGAUGGGAGACAUUCCUGGACCAUGAAGCAUUUCAAGAAGCCAACCUACUGCAACUUCUGCCACGUCAUGCUGAUGGGCGUUCGGAAGCAAGGCCUGUGCUGCAUUUACUGUAAAUACACUGUCCAUGAACGCUGUGUAUCCAAAAACAUUCCUGGAUGUGUCAAAACAUUCUCAAAACCCAAAAAGGGCAACGAGGUGAUGCAGCACGCGUGGGUGGAAGGGAACUCCUCCGUCAAGUGUGACCGGUGCCAUAAAAGUAUCAAGUGCUACCAGAGUGUCACUGCGCGGCACUGCGUGUGGUGCCGGAUGACGUUUCACCGCAAAUGUGAAUUGUCAACAUUGUGUGAUGGUGGGGAGCUCAGAGACCAUAUUCUACUGCCCACCUCCAUAUGCCCCAUCACCCGGGACAAGCAAGGCGGGAAGUCUGAUGGCAGCGGGACAAGCAAGGGAGAACUUGUCAUGCAGUAUAAGAUCAUCCCUACCCCAGGUACCCAUCCCCUGCUGGUCUUGGUGAACCCCAAGAGUGGAGGGAGACAAGGAGAAAGGAUUCUUCGGAAGUUCCACUACCUGCUCAACCCCAAACAAGUUUUCAACCUGGACAACGGGGGCCCUACUCCAGGGUUGAACUUCUUCCGUGAUACUCCAGACUUCCGUGUUUUGGCCUGUGGAGGAGAUGGAACAGUUGGCUGGAUUUUGGAUUGCAUUGAUAAAGCCAACUUCACAAAGCACCCACCGGUGGCUGUCCUGCCUCUCGGAACAGGAAAUGACCUGGCCCGCUGUCUCCGCUGGGGAGGAGGUUACGAAGGGGGCAGCCUGACUAAAAUCCUGAAGGAGAUCGAGCAGAGCCCCUUGAUGAUGCUGGACCGCUGGCAUCUAGAAGUCCUCCCCAGAGAGGAAGUGGAGAACGGGGACCAGGUCCCAUACAGCAUCAUGAACAACUAUUUCUCCAUUGGCGUGGAUGCUUCCAUUGCACACAGAUUCCACGUGAUGAGAGAGAAACACCCUGAAAAAUUCAACAGCAGGAUGAAGAACAAGCUGUGGUACUUUGAAUUUGGCACCUCUGAGACCUUUGCAGCCACCUGCAAGAAACUCCACGACCACAUCGAGUUGGAGUGUGAUGGGGUUGGGGUGGACCUGAGCAACAUCUUCCUUGAAGGCAUUGCCAUUCUCAACAUUCCCAGCAUGUAUGGCGGCACCAAUCUCUGGGGAGAAACCAAGAAGAACCGGACUGUAAUCCGGGAAAGCAGGAAGGUCGUCACUGACCCCAAGGAACUCAAAUUCUGCGUCCAAGACCUCGGUGACCAACUCCUUGAAGUGGUGGGGCUAGAGGGAGCCAUGGAGAUGGGGCAGAUCUACACUGGUCUGAAAAGUGCAGGCAGGAGGCUGGCCCAGUGCUCCUCUGUCACCGUCAGGACGAACAAGCUGCUCCCCAUGCAAGUGGAUGGAGAGCCAUGGAUGCAGCCACCUUGCACGAUUAAAAUUACUCACAAGAACCAAGCGCCCAUGAUGAUGGGGCCUCCCCAGAAGAGCAGCUUCUUUUCUCUGAGAAGGAAGAGCCGUUCAAAAGACUAAACAAUGUACAUAAUGCCAGUUGCACUAAGAGAGAAAACAAGAAAUUGUAACACACACACAUGCACACACACAUACACACACACAUGAACACAUGUCAAACAUACACACUUCUCUAACCAGUGGAAGCAAAGCCACCCUUCAGGAAGAAACCUUCACCUUGCCAUUCAUUUUAUUUCAACAGUGGAAGCAUCCCAACCGCACCAGGGCCCACCAGAGUGUGGUGGGCCCAUGCAACAACCGCCACCAUCCCAGAAGGCCGUGAGUGGGACUUUCUGAGACUGAAAGAAAAUCUUUCUUUCUACCAGUCCUGCAAGUUUCUUCAUGGACACUCAAGGAGCAGGUUGCAGGUUUCCUGCCUACUGUGAGAUCGGAUGUGGCCAACGGAAAAGACUCCUGUUGUAGAGAGCUUGCACAAAGGUCUCUCUGUGCAGAGACAAAAUGCCUCCAACACUCAGAGAGUAGUCCUUGCUGGGCUCUGCAGGCACACGUGGUUCCUAGGUUGCCCUUCGAGCAACAGCUUCUUCUUGAACUUGCUGAGGAGGCAGAAAGGCUGUGGAAAGCGGUGUUUCCAUUCCUGGUUCUCUGCGCUGUCAGUGGGCACUUGUUAUUUUCCCAAAGCCUUCUCCUGGUGGCUGUGUGUUUGUUUAGAAAUGGCUCCAAGAGCCCCCAGAGCUGCCUGCAAGGCACACCUUAGAUGUGGUAUUUAUUUUCUUAGUUCUGUGAACACCUGGGAGGGAAAGCAGAGAAACUGGGAUUUAUUUUUCAAAUUGGUGUCAUAAUAUUGUGUAAAAAGGAAAGAAAAAAAACCACCCCCAGCUUCUUUCUUUUUCAAGCCAAAGUGUGUUUCCUGUUUGAGUUCCAAGCCCUGGUGACAGACUAUUCCUGAAGGCAGAAAAGAUGGGAGGGAAGGGCCUCUGGCUGAGGAGACCAGGAGACAAACCAUCAGGCACUUCUCUCCUGCCUCUGCAUCCACUACUCCCAGAAUAUGAUCUGAAGACCCUUGUGAUGGUCUGUGUAUGUGUAUAUAUAUGUAGCAUAUAUAUUUAUAUAGAUAUAAAUAUUUAUUUACCGAUGGACUUUUCCUGAUUGGGGAAAAAAAAAGAUGUAGUUAUAGGAACAGAAGAACGUUCUUAUCCCCCACACCCCACCAUUUCCCCAUAGUGAUCCAAUUCUGGAGCCUCAACACAAGUAUGAAAGAUGUGCUGGGCAGGAAUUACUUUCCCUUUUGUCAGAUAAGGAAACUAAGUCUUGGAAAAGUUAAGUGACUUGUUGUCUUGGUUCAUGUGGUUUGGAAUAGGUGCCACUGAGAAGAUAAUGAACAGAGGCAAGAAUCUACACAUCUUGGAAUAGAUGGUCAUUUCUGGCCCCUAAGAAAGAUUGUGUUUGGAUGUAAGGAUGGGACAGACUCACACAAGAGAAUAAGGGCCUCCUCGUACUUCCCAGAGGUCUCUCUGGCCUGAGAAGUUGGCCAGUGUUGAAGACAUUAGACAGAUCAUCAGAUUUAACUCUCCACCUGUCACCUCAUCAUAGUCGCCGUAGUGUCUUAUUCUGGAAACACCCGUGGCUUCAGGGAUACCUCAGUGGGAGUCACAGGAGGACUCAGGCACUUUCUACAAGGUGCUGCCACUCGGUAGCCAGAAAGGCCUCGGACAGAAUUCACUGGGCUUCACUCAGCUGGUGCCUGUGUGACCCUUCUUUCCCCAGGGCCAGCAUAUGUCAUUUCAUUGGUAAAAAGAAACAUCUGCCUCUGCAUCUUUACUUCCUCAGGCCUCCAUCCCCUUCUGAGAUUUCUCAAGAGGAAACCUGGGCCUAUUCGACGCAGCUCCACAGAGCUGCUUCUAAUCUCCUUGAACUAGCUCAGGAGCUUUGGACAAGGAAGGGAAAAUUAAGAUUGUAUGCAAAAUUGAUCCAACUCUGACAGAAGCAAUCAUCUAGGACCACCUAGGAUGGAGAGCUAGAAUCAUCCAGCUCGACCUAAAAGCAAAGAACACUGGCCAGGGACAAACCAGGCCACCUGAAGAACAUCCUUACCGAUGGGAUCCUCGGUGAUGGCACCAACAAGCUCCAGAGUGACAACAGAUGACAAGGUACCACAGACCCAACUAAAGAGAAGAGGGUCAUAUAGCAAGUUGAUGAUUCAACUUACCACAAUUGCCCUCUUCUAUAGAAUGAUGCCUCUGUACCAUCAUCCUCAACGCUCGGUAGAUAUGUCAAAGAAAGUGCCACCAUUGACAAGAAGCCAUAAUUCCAAGAUGCUCUCUGUGAAGGGGGUUCUGAUGGAUGCUUUUCUCUUUCUGCAGGAAAAAAGUAAGAUCCUUCUCUCUUGGAAAAGUCUGGCAAGUGUUCCUUAGUGGCUGCUGUGGAAGGGAGCUAGAUGCCAUGUCCAUGAUGGGGUGAGGGGUGCAACUCUGCCUGGACUUGCCCGUUAGCCUCCCAGGACCUCUCUUUCUCCAUCUAGCAAACAAGAGGGCUUUAAAGACCUUCCCUCUUCUUGAUCUUGCCUUCACAUGGUGUAAACGUGGCCAUAGGAGAGGAGGCAAGAUCCCUUUUCCAUGGAUCUUCCAUCAACCUCAAGACUUCUCCCAGUCUUGUUGACCAGCCAAGAAUCUACCUGUUUUCUCUCUUGAGGAUUGAUCAUGUUCAGAAAUAAGUUGGGGGCAGGGGGAGAUAUAAAGAAGAAAACCCUUUGAUAAGACCUCCCAGACAUUCACACACACACAUACGCACAUAUACAGACAAGCAUAUUCAAUCCUUGAAGUGUUAAGCACUUUCUCUUUUGUGUAUCAAGCCUAUUUUGCCCUUUCUAAUCGCCAGUGAGUUUGGAAAGAAUUCAGUCUCUCCAAUGGAAAAGCACUGCUUCCUCCUAGGGAACUUAGCUAAACCUUCUGUUGGGGGAGACCCUGGGCCCAGGUUGAAGCUAAAGGUCAUAAUACUCCUCAGCUGCACCCCAUCAAUGCAGAUUCAGCAGACUCGGAGGCAGUGGUGCCAGGGUCCAGAUCCUCCCCUCCUUGCUUGUCCACCUCCACUGCCUCCUCUCCCCCUAGGUCUGUUGUUUUGAAAUGGCAGUUGCCUGCUCCAGCCUGCCUGUCUGCCUGCAUAGAGUGGUGUGGACUUGUUCUGUAAUGUACUGUGUGUGUACGUGUGUCCUGACUCUGUGGUUUACUGCAAAUAAAAAUGGCAGUUGAUGACUGA